CAGAGGCCGUAGGCGCAAUUUUUGGUAUUUUUAAAAUAAACCUUGCACACCGAGUAGUGUAUUGCGAACGCUUAUUGCGGAAUGGUUACCGUUGCAGUAUUAUUGUGUUAUUAGUAAUUGUUGUUAAAAAAAAUUAAAAAAAUGGGUGAUAUAGAAAAACAUUUAAAACAAGCUGCAAUGCAAGUUGGAGCUGGUGGAAGUGCAGGAUUUAUAGAAGUGUGCAUCAUGCAUCCUCUCGAUCUUAUAAAAACAAGAUUACAAUUGCAAGCUAAUAAAUCUUCUUUAAAAAGUUCGGAUCCUCACUAUUACAAUGGAAUAAUUGAUUGUAUGAAGAAAAUGUAUAGAUAUGAAGGUGUAACAUCAUUUUGGAAAGGAAUUUUGCCACCGAUUUUAGCUGAAACUCCAAAACGUGCUGUAAAAUUCGUAACAUUCGAACAAUACAAGAAAUUAUUUUUAUUUGGCUCCAGUUCACCUACACCUUUAACCUUCGCUUUAGCUGGUCUUGGAUCUGGAAUAACUGAAGCAAUUCUGGUUAAUCCAUUCGAGGUUGUCAAAGUGACUCUUCAAUCGAAUAGAGCGUUAGCAACCGAAGUUCCGAGUACAUGGACGGUGACUAGGCAGAUUGUGAGAGAAAAUGGGCUUGGAUUCAGAGGCCUUAAUAAAGGUCUAACAGCAACUAUAGCAAGGAACGGAGUUUUCAAUAUGGUCUAUUUCGGAUUCUAUCACAGUGUCAAAGGAUAUUUACCAGAAUAUGAGGAUCCUCUUUUAGAAUUUGGUCGAAAAGUUGCUAUCGGAUUUACGUCAGGUGUUCUCGGUUCUUGCGUAAAUAUUCCAUUCGACGUCGCGAAGAGUCGUAUCCAGGGUCCGCAGCCAACACCGGGCGUCAUUAAAUACGGCUCGACGACUGGGGCCAUUAUACUGGUGUAUAAGGAAGAAGGGUUCCGUGCUCUUUAUAAGGGACUUCUGCCAAAGGUACUUCGAUUAGGUCCAGGAGGAGCUAUUAUGCUUGUUGUAUAUGAUUACGUUUAUCACUAUUUGGAGGAUAAGUUUCAGAACAAACGCCACAAUUUAUAACCUAUAACAUCUCUGUUUAAAAAAAGUAUUUAAAUAUAUUCAAAUUUAUGUAGAUAAAAUUGGGCUCUUAGUCGACCUACAAAUGUAGUCAAAUUAUGAAUGUAUAUAUUUUUAUAUUUUAGAAGUAGUAGUAAUAAAAGGUUAGUCAAAUAUGUAAUACAUAAAAGGAAAGGUAUUUCGAAUAUUUUUAUUAAUUUAACGUAAUUGCUUAUAUAAAUAUGUAUUAAAUUAACCUUUUUGCAGCAUUUUAACUUUAUUUUGUAAGUGAUACUGCCGCACCAUACGACUUUAUAAUAGACUAAAUAUUAUUAUUAUAAUAGAAACAUGGAAGUAAAAAAAAUAGUUUGUUUAUGAAAACUAAGACAGAAAUACUUAUUAUAUAAAUUUUUUACCAUAACCGAGUA